ACAGAGGGGAACUUUCAGAUGUUUCUUUCCCGAGAUAAUCUGACAUCAGACAGGGAUCUCGUGGACGGUUCGAGGGAAGCUGCCAGAGUGGUGGUUUUGGGAUGAUUUCCCGCUCACUACAUACUGACCACGGUGCUGCGGUAGCCAACUGGGGUAUGAUAGCUGCAAGUAAUCCACCUUCAGCAGCCUGUACUUGCCUAUCUUUUAUAACUUCCAACUGGCCCCAUUCUUUUUCUCGUCAGCCUCUCUUUCUGCUCGCUCGUUUUAUGCGCAACUAGACCUUCAGCGGUAGACUAGCUCUGAACUGCAUCCUGCCAUCCUCCUCCUCAACGCGCUCCUUUUCUGUGUCGGCCCGUGUAUCCUGCGGUUAUCCCAAGACCCUCGCCAUCGUCGUCCCAACACUCGUCCUGUUAUAUCGUACAUAGGUAUUGCCACAGUCUUCCGGCCGAGGUGCGACAAGGCCCAUUGCGACGACCGUUGCGCGACAGCCUCCACGUCAACAUGUUCAAACCACGGGAUAUCGAAGCCUACCGGCGCGAUGAGAAACUCGGCCACAAAAUGCUUACGCCCGAAGAGAGGAUAAGGCUGCUCAAGCCCUAUCUGCCUUCGCCCCCUUUGCACCCCUCGGAGCAAGCCAGCAAACGAGCAAUGGAAGAGCAACAGAGGCUAGGAGUACGGCGCUUUCUGAAGACGCACUGGCACCUGCUGGUCUUUACUAUUAUACAUGCUCUGUUCUCGCUCUACAUCCGAAUCCGCCAAGCAUACCACCAAGUCUUCAACAAAGUGUCUUCCAUUUAUCACCACCACCACCGAGCGCCCGAUCUGAUUUACAACGAUGUCAAGGACCUGCGAAGGCUACCAAACCACCUAAGUGUUAUCUUGACCUUGGACGAGGACGCUAGAGGCGGUACCGGCCUGGCCAAGCUGAUUGAGGAAGCUUCGGACAUUGCUGCUUGGUGCGCAAGUGCCCGGAUUCCUCAGCUAUCCAUUUAUGAAAAAACCGGAACAUUGAAGGGUUAUCUUCCUCGCGUUCACAGAUCCAUGACACAAAAGCUUGCCGCAUACUUCGGACCGAACACUCCCGGCAUUGGGAUCAGAGCGCCUCACUGUCCUUCGAUGGAGACGGCCCCAACUCUUGCCGCAAGCCGUAGCGAGAACGAUGGCAUCAAGCAUCUCUCAGUCAUGAUUCUAUCAGCGGAGGACGGCCGCGAUUCCAUAGUCGAUCUCACCAAAACCCUCGCUGAUAUGUCUCAGCGGGGCAAGAUUUCGACUUCGGAUAUCACAAUUGAGCUAGUCGAUGCGGAGUUGAGCGAGAGUGUCAUGGGCGAACCGGACCUCCUUCUUUUGUUUGGUCCCCGUGUCGAACUGGUUGGCUAUCCUCCAUGGCAAGUUCGCUUGACUGAGAUCUCUCAUGUCCAGGACAAUGAGGGGGUCAAUUAUCAGGUUUUCUAUCGGGGACUUUUGAAGUAUGCCGGCGCACAAAUGCGCUGGGGAAGGUAGAACCGAGCUGUGCCAGGUGGUCAGUGGCUGGAACCCGAAUGCGAUCGACUUAAUCGAGUGACGGAGUGAUUGGAUUCAACUGGCGGUUAACACAUGAGGUUUAUAGAUUUUCGACUCUGCAAGCAUGCGAGCGGGGAAUGUUUAUCUGUUCAUUAUUAUUCUAUCUGGUGCAUUGGAAGUUUCCUCAGCCGAAAGGGGAUGUCUGCUAUUCGGGUGGAGAGAGAUUUGAUUGAGCCGGAGACAAGAGUGAACUGGGAGAAAGAUUUUGAUCACCCAAAAAUGGCUCGCGACUCGGACUGGCUGAAAUAAAGAAACAGUAUUAGAAUGGAAUAUGUAAGGAGAUGCAAUGGUCAAUAUCAAAAGGACAGGACUGAAGUGGUCGGCUCAGGACAUAUGCCUGCAUCAGCCACUCAUGACGUUCCG